AGAACACAUACCCAGACCAGACACUCUCUCUCAACUCUUCAGUUGCCGGCGAGAAAUGGCUUCUCUCUCUCUCAAGUCCUUCACCGGACACCGGCAAUCCACGGCGGAGCAACUGAAUUUCAUCUACCAAGCUCCGCCGCAGCGUGCCAAUUUUCGGCGACGACGGAGCUCUCUCCGAAUAACCGCCGCCAGAUCUAGCCCCAAGCUCGCCGACCGGAGACUCCGGGUCGCUGUCAUCGGAGGAGGUCCUGCCGGAGGAUCCGCCGCUGAAACGCUUGCCAAGGGAGGAAUCGAGACGGUGCUCAUUGAGCGGAAGCUCGACAACUGCAAGCCCUGCGGCGGCGCUAUCCCGCUCUGCAUGGUCGGAGAGUUCAAUCUCCCGCUCGAUAUCAUCGAUCGGAAGGUGACGAAGAUGAAGAUGAUAUCGCCGUCGAACAUCGCCGUCGAUAUCGGUCAGACGCUGAAGGAGCAUGAGUAUAUUGGUAUGGUGAGGAGAGAGGUUCUAGAUUCGUUCCUGAGGGAGCGAGCAGAGAAGAGUGGAGCUACUGUCAUCAAUGGCUUGUUCCUGAAGAUGGAUCUACCGGAAAAUUGGGAUUCGCCGUACGUUUUGCAUUACACCGAGUAUGACGGAAGAACAGGAGCCACAGGGCAGAAGAAGACGAUGGAGGUUGACGCCGUUAUUGGGGCUGACGGAGCGAAUUCUAGGGUUGCUAAAUCCAUCAAUGCCGGCGACUACGAGUACGCCAUCGCGUUUCAGGAAAGAAUCAAAAUCCCAGAUGAGAAAAUGACUUACUAUGAGAAUCUUGCUGAGAUGUACGUGGGAGACGACGUUUCGCCGGAUUUCUAUGGAUGGGUCUUUCCGAAAUGCGACCAUGUUGCCGUCGGAACUGGAACUGUUACUCACAAAGGCGAUAUCAAGCAAUUCCAACUCGCUACCCGGAACAGGGCAAGAGACAAGAUUCUGGGAGGCAAGAUCAUCCGAGUCGAGGCUCACCCAAUUCCCGAGCACCCUCGCCCUCGUAGAGCCUCCCAACGAGUGGCCCUCGUGGGCGAUGCAGCCGGAUAUGUGACAAAAUGCUCUGGCGAAGGGAUCUAUUUUGCGGCCAAGAGUGGGAGAAUGUGUGCUGAUGCCAUUGUCGAAUGCUCUCAGAACGGGAAGAAGAUGAUCGAUGAGGGAGACUUGAGGAAAUACCUGGAGAAAUGGGACAAGACAUACUGGCCGACGUACAAGGUUCUGGACGUGCUGCAGAAAGUGUUCUACAGGUCCAACCCAGCUAGAGAAGCGUUCGUCGAGAUGUGUGGGGACGAGUACGUUCAGAAAAUGACGUUCGAUAGCUAUUUAUACAAACGGGUCGUGCCCGGAAAUCCGUUGGAGGAUCUGAAACUGGCUGUGAACACAAUCGGAAGCUUGGUUAGGGCUAAUGCUCUGAGGAGGGAGAUUGAGAAACUGAAUGUUUGAACAACUGAGAGAAGGGAGUUUUAAGUUCUUUCUUCUCCCCCUUUUUUUAUAUCACUUUCUUUUUUGUUUAAAUGACUCUUUUUUCUUUCUUUGUAAGCUUCUUGGAUUUGUACUGUGUUUAGGUAAAACUGUAAUAUCCUAAACGUUGGUGUUUAUGUACCAUAUUAGUACUAAUAUUAUGUCUCUUGACAGUUAUAUGUA